UUCACGGUCACCUCAAGCAGCACGAGCUAGUUCAAUCAUUCAACUCCAGGUGGCGCUCGAAAACUGCGGGAGUUUCAACAUGGCGACAAAGGCAAUCUCUGUGAAUUCUCUUGAAAAUGCUAUAAGACCUGGCAAACAAUUUAAAGAAGGAACAACGGAAAAGACCCAAAGAAAAACAUUACAGACCUUGCAGUUGUCGGCAAUUGGCGAAAAAAGUCUCAGCGGAAAAGGAAUUAACAGAAAUGAUACUGGCAAAAACAAAAAGAAGAUCAAACCGUCAAAUGAAAGAGUUAAGGUAUUUGAAGAUGAAAAGCCAUCGACAUUUGUACCCUUGGAAACUCGAGCAACACAGACAGAAAUAGAUGAAGAUCAUGGCGACAAUGGAGACGAACUUGAUGACCUUGCUGAGGCUGACCGGGAGGCUUUAGAGCUCAUGAGUGGAGAUCAUGUCCCGGAGAAUUACUGGAAACUCUUGGCAGAAGAAAGAAGAAGUGCUUUGAAUGAUACCCUUGAGGAAAAUGAACAGCUGCACAAAGAAGUGGACAGCUUGAAAGAAGAAAAUGAAAAACUGUCCGACUUGGCCAGUAAAGCAGAGUACCUCUCAGGCAUUUUGCAGAGUGUGAUAUCAGAUGAAGAGGAUAAUGACAGCGUGGAUGAUGAAGAUUACAAGACGGGUGACGAACAACUUCUUGAUGACGACACAAACUACAACACAGUCGAAGUCUGUGACAGUGACAGUGACAGUGACAGUGACAGCAGUGUAUAUUCUGCUGCAGCUUCAAACUUUACAACUACCAACACUGCUCAAACAAACACUACAGACUCUGAGUCCAGUGAUGGAGAUUCGCAAUCAAGUGACAGUACGAAGUCUGAAAAUUCUAUCGUCAAAAGAGUUAGGGACAGCUCACAGAGACCCCAGAAUCUUAAUCGGCUAUCUCAGAGAUUUAGUGGUGAAUGGGUUAAUGUGGAAUUGGACGAAGAGAAAGUUGCAUCCACAGAAAUCAUUAAGGGAGAUGUACUUGCCACGCUUAAAGAGGAUGAGAGGAGUUAGACAUGUUGAUUAAUGACUCUAGUGAUCCAUCAUGAUUAUGUGUGAUGGAUGUGUCCACAUGUAUUUGCCUGAGUAGAAGUUAUCCUGUACUGUUUUUAUUUCCUUCUGUUCGAAUGUUAGCUUGUUGCAUGAAUUAUUCAAAACUGUAAUGUUUGUGCUGUAAUUCCAUUUGAUUUUUGUUGCAAAGAAAGACAGGUUGAGAAUCAUCCAUUUUCAAUUUCAUAUAUUUGAAACUGUUUUUACAAAGUGCUAAGUAAAUUGUGAAAUAUGCCCAGUCAUAGGUAAUGACUAAAUGUAAACACGUACACAGAAUUAUUUUAUAGCAUUUUAUAAGUUUUUAAUUGGAAUAGUGGAAGGUUUUUGUGCAUGUAUUGUGGUUUUUAUUUACCUGCCUACAUCAUGUCCAUUGGCUGCAGCUCUGAAGCACUCGCUGGACACUGGAUUUUAUCACUUACUGUGUUUCUGUAGGAAUGUAAAUGGUGCUUUAUUAAGCCUUAAUCUAUCAUUUAUCUAUCAUUUAUCUUUGGAUGUGGUAUUGGGGCACAGGUGACCAAGUUGUCUAAAAUGCCACAAUUUGCUGUGCAGAGUUGUCCAUAGGCAUGGCAGAAGCCUUUUUUCAUGGAUUCGAAUCUGAUUCGCCAGGAUAAUGUUUCUUGGUUUGCAUGCUUCAUAACGUGCUCAUGGUUUUCACCGAAGUGGUAAACGUCUUAGACCUGCAUCACUUUGGGCUUUCCUUCCAGUUCAAGCUGAUAUAUUGUUCAAAGCAGCGUAAAACACAACUCACAAGACUUUGAAGGCAUUUAGAAGGGAUACACAUAAGGAAGAGAAUUUAUGGAUGUCAACUUCAACCUCAUAAAAAAGAAGUU